AUGUACUCAAUUAAUGGUAAUUCAAAUGUUGUGCUCAUGGAACCUACGAGUAUCUCAGAUGCAUCAUCAAUACCACAUAAAAAGAUUAAAAUAGGACGAGGAUCUUGUGCUAUAUGUGGAGCUAAACCAACAGGAAUUAAUUUUGAUGUAUUGACUUGUUCAUCAUGUAAAGCAUUUUUUCGACGAAAUGGUGUUAAACCAUUGAAUCAAUUUGUUUGUCGAUUAUCUGGAGAAUGUAAAAUUGACGAACGUUCACGUCGGCAAUGUACAGCAUGCCGUUUACGGAAAUGUUUUACUAUGGGAAUGAUUAAAGAACGUAUACGAACAGAAGAACAAAAUCAACGUCAUCGUGCACUAGUUCAAGAAAAUCGAAAACAAAAAUUUAAAAAAUAUCAACAACAACAACAAGAAGAAACUAGAUUAAGAAUUAUGGAUGAACGUCCUCAGCAGGGUGUCUGCUCAACAUCAUAUUUAUUCCCAAAUAGCCAUUUAAAUUAUAUUGAUUUAAUAUUUGAUUUGUUUGUUGAAAAUACACAAACAAUUUUUCCAGAGGAUUUUGUUCUCAGCUUUGAUAAUGAUUUAACAAGUGUUCUUAAUUUAUAUUCUACACCAAUAUCAUGUUUAAUUAUAUUUUUUAAGCAACUAUCUCAAUUUCAACAAUUACCCGUUGAUGAUAGACUUAUUCUUUUGAAAAAUAAUAUCAAAAUUCUUUUACCAAUAUUAACUCACCUAUUGUGUAAAGCUUUUGAUGUACAAAUUCUUAUUAAUCAUCCUGGUCUAAAUAAUAUUAAUCAUAAGAUGGCCUAUGCGAGUUCAUUAUUUUCUUAUAUUGCAUCCGAUGAUAACAAAUUGUUGAUACUUUUAAUUGUUGUCUUCCUAUUCUGCCCAUGUUUAUUUACAAAUGAAUCGUUAUAUGAUGCCGGUUUUAUCAGUCAACAAUCAAGGCAACUGAUACAAUAUGCCUAUGAUGAAUAUACUCAAUUAUUGUGGUAUUAUAUUCUUGAAAAAUUUCUCGAUCAUGAAGAGCAAGCCGUAUUAGCAUACACAAAAAUAGUUACAACAGUUCUGCAUUUACAAAAUGUAUCCAGUGAAAUUUAUGGUAUAGUAGAAUGCUCCGUUCAAGUCGAUCAAUUACAUAUGAUGAUGCAAUCAGUUUUACAUUUAACAUGA